AUGGCUAUCAACAUUGUGGACUGCGGAUCAGAGUCUCACGAUCUCUUCGACGUUUAUUUCUACGACGACCGUAUCAAAACCCUAGUGACGCAUGAGUCCCACAAGGUCGCCGACUGGAUCUCCAACAUCGAGUACAUCCAUCGCCACCGCCUCGACCGUCUCAUCGUCGGCCUAGACGUAGAGUGGCGGCCGAACACCUCCCGCAACCAGAACAACCCGGCGGCGACUCUCCAACUCUGCGUCGGCCGCCGCUGCCUCAUCUUCCAACUCCUCUACUGCCGCCAAUUCCCGUUCGAGCUCGUCGACUUCCUCUCCGACUCCGAUUACACCUUCGUCGGCGUCGGAAUCCAACACGACGUGGAGAAGCUCGUGGCAGACUACGGUCUGGAGGUGAAUAACGCGGUGGAUUUGUGUUGCCUAGCCGCGGAUGAGUCCAAUAAUAGUUCUCUGAGAAGCGUGGGUUUGAAGGAUCUGGCUAGGAUUUACCUUGGAUCGGAGAUGAGUAAGCCGAGAAGGGUGAGGUUGAGCCGGUGGGAUCAAAGCUGGCUCACCGAUGAGCAGAUUCAGUAUGCCUGCAAUGAUGCUUUCGUCUCCUUUGAGAUUGGUAGGGUUUUGGAUGCUUCUGAGUAUUGA